AUGCACAACCAUUCGCCUUCAUCUCCCUCCUCUGCGGCAGAGACAUGUCCCUCUAAGAAGACUUCUCUUAACGUGGUGGAGCAGUCGUCUCAUCGUGUGUGUACGACGCAUCUCGUUCCUUCUACGCCUGCUCGAUCGACGAAUGGGCGUCCUACUACACCACCACAUGCGUAUGAAGAGUACGAGGCGUGGCGCGUUAGGAACUCUCCGCCCAACAUCAAGGAGCAGUACCACCUGGCCAAGAGAUCGCGCAACGAGUUCGAGCUCAGCCGAAGUAUCGAUGGCGCACAACCGGCUGCUUGGUGCGCAACGCCCCAACCGACGAUCGACAUCAACCGUCUCGGGCCAGGAGGCAUAGCGCAACGUGCCAAGAGGCUGCAUCGCGCCAGGAAGCUCACAUUCGACGACGACGAUGAGGAAGAGCCCAAGGUGGCCGAUGUCGUGCUUGAGGGUUCUUCUCGAUCACCCAGGAGCGUCGUAGCCGCCGAUUGCAGGGAGGUAACGACGAUCGAAGCCGAAGCUCGAUGCUACGACAACGACAGCCCGAGGCACCGCGACAAGAUGGCCAGGAAGGAGGAGUGA